CUCUAAAUGUGCGUUACACUUACUUCAACGUACCUCCAUCAUGUAUCCACUAUUAUCGAUGAGCUCGGUGACCUUCACACAAGAAAAAGUCGAAAGGAUUCUGAGAGAAGUUCCCUACAAAGUUGCAAACAAAAUCAGAAAUCUUGGAUCUCUUUCCGACUCAGACCCGCAACCCCAAUACGAACUGAUUCCGAUCCCGUACACCGUUUGGUCUACAGAGCAUGAGCUCGAUGAGGGCGCAAAUCUCAUUGGUUAUAACACGGUCGAUCGACGAAAGCGGGCAUUUAAUGAAGUCAAGACAUACUGCGAUGCUCUUCAAGAUCACUCUGGUCACGUGGAUUGCCUGGACGCUUCUUUCACCAAACUUCUUGAGUUUAAUUUCAAACCUCCCGAGGGAAUGGACAGUGUUGUCAAAGAGACAUGCCACCUCCUCGAACGACUACCUGCAGUGCCACCAAUGCUGGGCAUCGACACACCUUCAACGUCCAACAUUUAUGCCGGUUUCUUUGUCGAAGGAUCGCCGCAAUUCUGGGAAAAUCUCAGGGUCGUGAGAUUUGUGGACUCAAACAUUAUUCGCCUUGCAAUGCUUAUUGUUAUUGAAUCAAGAAAAGAGCGACAUAUCUGGAACCGCAAGAUCGUGGAAUACAUCGACCUCAUUGGGGAGCUCUUUGGGGUAGCUUCUGAGCAGGCUUCCUCUUCACAGCUUCCAAUUACUGAACUGGCUAUUCUACGGCAGUUUCUGUGGACCGGUUGGCAGCGAGCAGUCCUUUUGAACUUCUACUACACGCUGACGAGCGAAACUACGUCAGUGAGUCCCAACCAUCGGGAAAGGAGUCUCGUCCUUGGCGUCCAACUAAACGCUUCAUUAAGGGAAGCUUUACAAUCCAAAUCGGUCCAAAGCUCUUCUGGGACAAAAGCGGAGUACAUGUGUAGCUGGGCCUUUGAAUUACUACGGACCGACCGUGCGGCGGUGGCUCAAGACUUCCGGGUAUUUCACGAGCGUUAUAAUGCUGUUCUCGGUCAUUUGCCGCCACGGUGCAUUGUCAACCGUGGGUCUCUGAUGAAGAACUUGGGCCCCAAGCAAUGCAAAGGAAAAUAUCCAACACAAUGUCAAAGGUUUAGAGGCAUGAAAAUCACCAACCAAUCUGCGCAUGCCUUGCCAUGUCGAGGCAACUGUCCUCGACUUUACUGGGACGAAUAUUCAUACAGGAAUAUAUCUGGGGCUCGUGCCGUUUCUAUUGUGCAUACCAAAGAGCAACAUUCUUUACUCUGGUAUUGCAAAGCAUCGGAUACAACCAUGGCCAUCUCGCAUGUUUGGAGUCAUGGGCAAGGCGGAAGGCCCGAAGCAGAGGGCACAGGGUUUAACACCUGUUUGCAUCACCGCUACAGAAGAAUAGCCAGAUCUCUUGGAUGCGACUCGUACUGGAUGGAUACGCCCUGUAUUCCACAAGACCAUGAUCUGAGACAUGAAGCCAUAAUGGAAAUAAACAACAUCUUUACCAACAGCAAGGUAACCUUGGUGUGCGACCGCGACAUAAUGAGCAUAGACGUCAGUGACCUGACAGUAGAGCGACAAGAGUCUAUCCUCUCAGCACUGCUAGUCUGUGACUGGAACGUAAGAGCAUGGACAUAUCUAGAGUCAGUGAAAGGCCGCGACAACAUUUUUCUACUUUGCAAAAAUGACGCAGUGCUCAGGCUCGGAGACAUACUGAAGACCGUCUACGACAAAGGCAACAUGUCAAUUGCAGUGCUGUUUCUUACAGCCCAGCACCUCUUACCGCGAGGACUGUAUUCGGCUCCGACCGGGGACACUAAAGCCGAAGGCGAUCAUUUCUGGGGAGGUAUGGAAGUCGAGGAUGCGGCCAACAACCUCAGCCACCGGCACGCAUCCCGCCCCGGCGACGAAGUCGUCAUUUGGAGUCUCCUUACGCUAUCAGUCACUGUCGGCUCAGAUGCGCUCAAGUUCUGGAAGUUACGCAUUGGAAGCCACGUCCCUACUGGCUUCUUGAUCUCGAGCAGUCCGCGUAUUGGCUACAAGAGUGAGGAAAAUUUAGGUUUUGGGUGGGCGCCAUGCCGCCCAGACCUACCGGAACGGAAGCGGUGGUGGCAGCGUGAAACGUUCCAUUUUGCCUUCGAUGGCGUCGACACUGAAUACGCGCGGAUCAACGAAGAUGGGUUGAGCGGACAGUGGGUCUCCCGUGUUUUCGACGCACACCCGCCUUGGCCUCACGUAAUCUGGGACUGGGGUAUGCAAGGCACCAGCGCGGAGUUCCGCAUGCUACGGCGCGUUGCGUCGAUGAUACCGAGGCGGUUUUACUGGGGCGCACUGCUUGCUCCUGCGGAUUACGAGCGAAGCACUUCUGUUGAUCCAGUUCUCUACCGUGGCAAGGCUGACGGCACUGUGCUUGCUGUUGUUGCAUCGCAUGGUAUGGAAGACGGGAUUUUGAUGCGGUAUUCCAUGCCCGAAGAGAAUCAGCAGCCGUGGUACUGGAUAGGCGUGGUUGAGUGGCCGAAGUCGAUUCCUUUGCCAAAGUUUCAGCGGGAGGCGUUCCUGAUUGUCUAAGAAAUAGCGAUAAAUUCUUGAUUUGAGAGUGCGGGGUCUGCAGCGCCAGUAACCAUCUAUAUAAUUGACAUCCAUCCUGCCAAUGGCUUUUUACUUGUUGCUAAAGCUU